CAGCGCUAACGCGUGACGAUUGUAAACAGGAAAGCUAAUGAGUGUUUAGCGUAAGCUUGUUUCGUUCGCUCAGCUUGAACAAACUGAAACAACAACUAACAAACUCACUCGUGCUUUUCUUCAUUUACCGAAGACGCUAUGAAGGCGAAUAUACAGCGGUACAGUUCAAUUCACGCUCACCUUAAUUUGUGAUGUUUAAGCUUUUGGUCAUUUUGUGUUUGUAAAAUACUAAAGUUUAUGAAGUUGACGUCUUUGAAGUUACUUAAUUUAGUUGAAGCUGUUUCAUACGUAAAUUCAUUUAUACGAAUCUUAAAAAGCACAUCAGAAGGUUUUUAAGCUUCUACGGAUCGUCUGACGACGCCUCCUACAUGUUGUUGCACCAGUAAUAAUAUUUUGAUUGCAAUUUUCCUGCUUGGGUUUUAAAUACAUUUACUGACCUCAUAAUAUUUGACCCAGCGUCUACUGUACAGCCGCACAUGAUAGAGUUCGUUUUAAGUCUGCAGCCGAUCUCCAAGUUCAGCUAAUCAGAUGUUUCUUUGAGUGGGUGCAGUCACAUGAUUUCUCUCCUCACUUACUGUCAUGGACAAUUAUUAAUUCACGUUAACCCAGAGUAUGAAGUAACAGCGGGACGGUUCCUUUUCAUACUUUGUGAGGCAGUAGCUGCGAAUAAACGUGUUUAGUGCUGCCACGAGAAUCCUUCUUCUUGAGCUGUACUUCAGGACCUGCCCGUGGUGUUUGCUCAGGCUUCCAUGAAGCCUCGUCUCUACUGAUGAUGAACACCAGCACCUCCUCGGCUCGGGGUGAGGACCAGUCCACCGAGGCUGAGCUCACAGACGACUGGCUCUUCCUCUCCACUGCAUCUGCUGGACCUGAGGUCCUGACAGUCAGCGGCGCUGAGGCAGUGGACAGGGGCAAACUCAAAUCAAAGUUGGUCUCAGCAUGGAACAGUGUCAAAUACGUCUGGCCUUUGAAGCAGAAAUCCAAAUUCAGUAAGAGCUCUCCUGUGGUCAUGCUCGGAAAGUCCUACAAGCUCAGAGAUCAAGGGAAGAGGGAGUGCUUCCGUUGCUCCUUCGCGUCCCUCCUGUGGCUGACGUACAGACGGGGCUUCGCUCCGCUGGUGGGAUGUGCUCUGACCACCGACAGCGGGUGGGGAUGUGUGCUACGUACGGGCCAGAUGCUGCUGGCUCGAGGGCUGAUGCUGCACCUGCUGCCUCCAGAUUGGACCUGGUCUGUUUGCCACCAUGUGGUCAAAGACGACAUGGACCUCGAGAGUUUGAAGGAAGGACGUAAAAAGCUGCAUCGAGCUCUGAGCUUGGGCUCGCUUCCGAGCCGCCCCAUGGAGGCCACGCACCGACGGGUGGUGUCGUGGUUUACAGACACACCGGAGGCCCCCUUCGGGAUUCACCAGCUGGUGGACUUGGGCAGAAGCUCAGGGAAGAAAGCUGGGGACUGGUACGGUCCCUCUGUGGUAGCACACAUCAUCAGAAAAGCUGUGGCAGCAUCAGCGGCGCUUCCUAAUCUGGUUGUGUAUGUAGCACAAGACUGCACCGUCUACCUGGAGGACGUGAGGAGGUUGUGUCAGGGGCCGUCCCCCGAGUCCUGGAAGUCCGUCAUCAUCCUGGUUCCUGUGAGACUUGGAGGACAGGAUCUCAACGCCAGCUACAUUACCUGUGUCAAAAACCUCCUGGCGUUAAAAUGCUGCAUUGGAAUCAUCGGGGGCAAACCGAAGCACUCCUUGUUCUUCGUUGGUUUUCAGGGCGACCAUCUGCUGUACCUGGAUCCUCACUACUGUCAGCCCACAGUGGACACAGCAAAGGGGAACUUUCCCCUAGAGUCGUUUCACUGUAAAUACCCCAGGAAAAUGUCUUUUUCUCGCAUGGACCCCAGCUGCACCAUCGGGUUCUACGCUAGGAGCCAAAUGGACUUUAAGUCUCUGUGCACAGCUGUCAGUGAGUCUCUGUCUUCUCCAGGUUCUCUCCACGUCCGCAGAGACGUACCCCAUGUUCAUAUUUGCAGAGGGACGCGGUCGUCAGGACGACAUCAGUGAGACACCAUCAAACAGCAUCGCUUUCAUCCAGAGGAAGAAACAGCAUAAACGGGUCGACACCAGUGACAGCUCGGACGAGUUUGUUCUGUUAUGAACGAACUGAAGAGGGUUGAAUCGAACAACAAACGUUACUGAGGUUAAAAACAGGACUGUCCUGCAGGACUGAAACGUCUGCCAGUUAAGGACAGACUGCAGUUUUAUUGCUGUUGUCUUUUGUACUUUUUAUUUAUUGUUUGGUGGGAGGGAGAUGAACGUCUGCUUGUCAGACAGGUUGUUUACUGUUGUUUGUGUUGCUCUAUAAAAUCAACAGUUACGCAUUUUUCAAUUGAUCUGUUGAAAUUGUUAAAGAUUAAGGGUAAACAUAGAUUAGAACAUUUAAAAUUGCUUGUGGAGAACAAAUUCUGUCGACUUCUUUGAAUAAACAGUUUAUGAACAGGAAAA